AUGGUCUCACCAAACACACCCAUCCUGAUCGGCGUCGGCGAGGUGCGCGAAAAGAAGAUUGAUGUCGAGCACUCGACAGAGCCGGCGGGCAUGAUGCUGGCGGCGAUCCGGCAGGCGGCGGCAGACGCAGGCUUGUCGACAAAAGACCUGCAGACGGCUGACAGCCUAUCGGUGGUGCCGCCGUGGACGCAGCCGUACGAAGAUCUGCCGGGCCUGCUGGCCCAGGACCUCAAGAUGAAGCCGUCGUUCUCGACGAUAGGCCUCCACGGCGGCGAGCAGUGCGCACUGCUGACGGACGAGGCAGCACGGCAGAUUGCGCGCGGCGAGAGCAAGCUGGCGAUUGUGACGGGCGGCGAGUCGCUGGCGUCGCUGGCGGCGAGCCACAAGGCAGGGCACAAGCACCCGCCCGGGUGGACGCGGCCGGACCCCAAGGCGGCGGCGGUGUCGACCAACAACCUCGAGUUCAACGGGCAGAACACGGCGAGCCGGCACGGCAUGGGGCUAGCGAUCCACGUGUACCCGAUGUACGAGAACGGACUGCGGGCGCACACGGGCAUGACGCAGCAGGAGAACAGGGACGAGUCGGCCGAGCUGUACGCGGCGUUUGACCGGACGGCAUGCGCGCACCCGGCGUCGUGGCGCGCGGGCGAGACGCCGCGGGACGCGCGGGCGGUGGGCGAGUUGACGCCCAAGAACCGCAUGAUCUGCACGCCGUACCCGCUGCUGCAGAACGCGUUCAACACGGUCAACCUGUCGGCGGCGGUGAUCCUGACGUCGGUCGGCCACGCGCAGGCGCUGGGCAUCGCGCCGUCGCAGUGGAUCUACCUGCUGGGCGGCGCCGGCACCAACGACAGCGACAACUGGUGGGAGCGCACCAACUUCUACUCGAGCCAGUCGCUGGAACAGGCGAUUGACGCCACCAUUGGCGUGUCGGGCAUCGGCAGCCAGGAUGCGAUUGACGCCUACGACUUCUACUCGUGCUUCCCCGUCGUGCCCAAGCUGGCCUGCCGCCACCUGGGCCUGUCGAUCACGCGGCCCCAGAAGCCCAUCUCGCUGCUAGGUGGCCUUACGUCGUUUGGCGGCGCCGGCAACAACUACUCGAUGCACGCCAUGGUGGCCAUGGCCCGCGACAUCCGCGCGAAGCAGUACCGCACGGGGUUCGUGCUGGCCAACGGCGGCGUCCUCUCGCACCACUACGGUCUGCUGCUGUCGUCGCAGCCGCGUUCGCCCGAGAUCGACGUCUACCCGCGCCGCAACCCGCUGCCGCACCACAUGGCCAUCCCGUCGGCGCCGGUUGUCGACGAGUCAGCAGCCGGACCGGCCACGAUUGAGACGUACACGGUCGCCUACGACCGCAGCGGCCAUCCCACGGUGGCGCACAUUGUCGCACGCGUCGACCAGACAGGCCACCGGUUCGUGGCCAACAACGGCGAUGCUGCCACGCUGCAGUACAUGGUCGACCUGGCCGUCGAGCCGAUUGGAACGCGCGGCACUGUGAGGCAGACCAAGGACGGCAAGAAUGCUUUCUUUAUAGCGACGCCGUCGAAGUUGUAG